AUGAAACCCCUCCCCUUCCCAUUCCCCCUGAAUAUUGGCACAGACAUAGUUCACAUCCCACGGAUAACCCGCCUCCUCACCCGACCCAACUACCUUCCACGAUUCACGCGCCGCAUCCUUUGCGACCAAGAACAACACGACUUCCACACGCGCUUCAGCGAAACCCUCAAAGCGCGCGCCGCAUAUCACCAGCAACCUCCACCCGUGCCGGCGGACAUAACACGCUGGCUGGCGGGACGUUUCGCGGCGAAGGAGGCGGCGCGCAAAGCGGCGCCGUCUGGUGCGGCUUCGAUUGGCUGGAAAGAUGUCAUGGUCCGGAUACAGGAGGAUGGGGGAAGGUUUGGCGAGGGUGUGAGUCGGAGGCCUGAGAUUGUUUAUCUUGGGAAUGCGCUGGAUGGGGAUGUGGGUGAGGGGAGGGUUGCGAAGUUGUCGAUCUCGCAUGAUGGGGAGUAUGUUGUGGCUACUGUUUUGGCUGCUGGAUGA